AUGCAUGGAAGUCCAGCAGCAGGAAUAAAAGUCGCUGAUCGUCCUGACGACUCUUCGAAGCGCCAGCGGGAGUACCACCCUCAUAUGGAGGGUGAAGGAAGCAAGGACGGUGAAUUCUACACCGAAGGCCUUUGGAAGGUGAAUGGCGAUAAUAUUUCGUCGCGCAUCAUCGAUCACAGGCGCAAAUUCGUGCGCCUUAAAUUACAUCUUCUUGAAGAGUUUGUGCUGGAGGCUUUUGGCGAGGAAAACGUGCCUUCAGAAGUGAAGAAGAUGUUUGCGGUAGAGGUGGAGGACCGGAAGAGCGCGGAAGAUUCUGCAUUUAUAAAACAAUUUGCAGACGACGCUGCCAUUCUCCCCUUUGAAGAGUUUGAGGAGCUUUGCACCCAAGCCCUUGCAAAUGACAGACAUAUUUCCCGGUCUGUGCUCCAGCUCUUCGCCAAUCUGACUGGCUCCGUUAACCUCUGGAUAGAGGAUGUAGAAACGGCUACAAUGACGGAGCAAACCCUCAUUGAUAUCCUUCUGCGUCCUAUUUUCGAGAUAUUUUUUAACAGCUUCGGUGCAUUGUGGGCAGCAGGUGAGAAGAUGCCUGUCCCUUCAUACUACCGCCAGACUCUCUUUCCCGACGGGCAAUGGUUAGUUAAAAACCUGCCCAUCAUCGUUACAAUUAAAGAGUCUUAA